AUGUACAAGACUCUCUCCGAGCUUCAGGUGCUUGUACUUCCCCAAGUAAGCAAUGCGCUACAGUUGUACGAGCGAUCAUCAGGCCUCUCUGAAGCCGAUAUUGACACCAUUGAGUUCAUUAUUAGCUCAAUGCUUGGUCGGGUACAAGAGCACAUGAUGGACUCUACCGGCCCUGAGGCUUACAUUCCGGAUGACCCCGAGGCCUGUUCUCCUGACAAAACCCAUAAGCAACAUGUUCUGGAAUCGAAAAUCCCAGACUCUUCGACAAAAAAGCGUGCAAUCCUCGGAUUGAGGCCAGCGACGUUCGUUCUUAGUGUUUUGCUGGUCGUGGUUUUGGUGACAGCAGCUAUUGGCGGUGGUGUGGGUGGCACGUUGGCUGUGAAAAAAGCGAGAGAGUAUGACUUCCUUUUCAUAAAGUUGACAAGUGAUGAGACGUCCAAUAGACUAAUGAUCAACGACCAGAGAUACUCGACCCUCACUGCUCCAACAUAG